AUGCUCAGGAUUCAAAAUCGCAUUAAACAUGAUAAUGCUGAAUUGCUGGCUAUUAUAGAUAGAUGUGCAUGUAUGAUAUUUUUUGAAGUUAGAAAUUAUGAAAGAAGACAGGUUGACUCUAAGGCAAAUGAUAAAAGACAAUAAUUCAGAAAUUAUUUCAUUAGUUACAACAUAUAAGAAGAAGAAUGGUAUGAAUUUUCAUUCAAUAUUGUAGAUCUAAGAUUGUUAUAAUAAGAAUUAAGAAAGUUGUUGAAUAAAGUUAAAGGCAAAUAAUAAUAAUAAUAAUAAUAAACUCAGAUUUAAUUUAAUACUAGAACAACAAAAGAAAACUAACUAAAUAUUUCUCAAUCUAAAACUUCGCGAACUCCUUCAAGAUAAACUGCAAGUAUUUAAAAAAAUAGAAAUUUUGUAAGUCCACCUAAAAGAUCUUUAAGCAGAUAAACUAAAUAGUCAAUAAUCCCUAAAUAAGAAAACUCUCCAAGAUUCAAUGAGGAUAUUAAAUAGAAUAGUCCCACUUCUCCAGAAUUUCAUUUUGUUUCCCCAAAUAAAAUUGAAUUGCAAAGAUAACAACUAGAACAAUUUGAAUAAAAACUAAAGCAAUAUACUUAAGGUGAUAACUUCUAAAAAUUGUUUGAUCAAUAAGAAUACGCAAAAAAGAGAGAUGAUAUUGUUCUAGCUAGUUUUUAAAAUUUUACAGUUUAGCAUUCAGAACCCGAUAAGGAUUAGAAUAAAGACAAAGAGGAAGAACUAUCAUCAUAAAAUCUUCACAGAAGACAACAUUCAUACAUGUCAAUGACAAAAGAAAUUGGAACUCAUUAACAUCAUAAUACUGAAAUAAUAGAAAUCAAGUUAUCUACAUAAUCAAAAUAAGAGCCAAAAUAGUCAUUUGAAAACUCUUACAAGGAUUUUGGAAGUGAUUCUUAGGUGUAUCAGAAUAAACAGAGAUAUGGAACUGGAAAAUAUGAUUAAGAUACUCUAAAUAGCAUUUAAGUGUAGUAAUAAGCCUAAAUUGAACAAGAAAAGUAAUAGCAAUUUGAACAUCAAAAUGAGAACAUCUAUCAAUCUUAAUUAUUAGACAAAUAUGAAGAGGAUGAAUAUGUUUAAUUUUAAAAUACUUAAAACGAGAGACAAUAGACAUAAUAAUUUGUAGCUACAAAUGAUGAAGAUCAAUAUAAACCUGUGAUUACUGAAGAUGAAAUAAUGAAGAAGUAUGCAGAUUUGUUCACUGCACCUGAUUUUUUGAAGUAAUGCAGAGCUACUUGCUAGACUCAGAAAACUCUUGAUUCAUUUGCUGAUAGUCGAAGCCUUAAUUUCAUUGUUCCUUGUUAAAGUAUGGUCUGUUAGGAUGUUGAAACAACUAAAAAGGGGAAAUAUACAUUGUUAUCUUAAUUAACGGCUGAGUAAAUAUUUGAUGAGAUUUUUCCUGAAUGUUCUUUAUAGAAAAUUAGCAAGGCCUUUUUUAGGUUUAAGAUGGAGGUUGUAUUUUAACAAUUGCAGUGUGAUCCUUCAUAAGAGGAAUUAGAUGAGUUGUUUUAGUAGGUUGAUAUUCAAAGAGAUGGAUUUGUGGAUGUGAAUGAGAUGGGACAGUUUUUGGAUAAUGUUUGUCCUUAACAAGAUAGAUAAGUUUAUAAUCAAAUUGAUGUAAGCAAUAAGGGAUAUUUUGAUGAAUAAGAAUUGGGCUAAAGGUUAAAUAAGAACAUUGCAAGACAAUACUUCUCAGAAUUAGAUUUAUUAAACACUAAUAAAAUAACAUAUUGGGAAUACUACUUGAAACGUACUACAAAUAUUGGACAAUAACUUAGAUUGAUUAAAAGUUUAAUAUAAAAUUAUUAAAUUUUUAUUAUAUCGUUAAUGUUGACUUAGAAAGAAUCAUUGGGAAAGGAGGAAGAUUUCAAUUUGAAUAAAUUUCGCGAUUCUUUGUAUCUUAGAAUGUCCAGUCCUAGUACCUUAAAAGUAAGUACCACACGGAAGGAGGAUAAUUCAGUUAAGAAAUCUUCCAAAUCUACUCUCUAUACUGAUUAACAACAUAGAAAAAGUGCUCCAUCAUUCGAUGAAUUACUUAAAUCUAUGAAUAAUGGGAAUGCGCAUGCAUAAUUAUAGAAUGGAUCAAAUCAAAAAAAAAGUAUAAAUGAUUCAUCUAGAAAGAUGAGUGGCUUAUAACAUAAAAUAGAAUGCUUUGGUAACAAUGAAAUAAACUAGUUAACCAAAUUAUCUCAGCCAUUUAUCAGCAAUUAGCCACUCUACUAAUCAACUAAAGCUUAACCUAAAAGAACUACAUUCUCAAGCAGCAUUACAGAAAACCCUGUUUUUAAUAAAGGCUCAGGGAAAACACUUUUGGAUAAACUAUCCUUAAAAGAAUUGAUAGAACUUAGAAGUAAAGUUGAUCAUAGUACUUAAUCAGAAGUUCACCAACUAUCAGCUAAUUAUGUUUAAGAGUUAGUAAAGCUGUCUUAAAUUAUCACAAAGCAAGUUAAAAAUGUUAAAUAUUGAAAUGAUAUAUCUAUCUACAUUAAUAUAAAAUAAAAAUC